UGUUUCAGGCAAACAUUGAGGAGUCACGGCUCCAUUGUUCUCUCGAUGAAACAGCAAACGAUCCAAAACUGAUUGUCAAAAUGAAGAUUUCCAUCUUCUAUGGUUGCCUCUUAUUAUCAGUUCUAGCAUUCUUCACUAAAGACGCCUCUACAAGUAACUGGAACAUCGCUGACUCAAACGCGGCGAGAAAAAGUAGUACUAUACUAAACGAGAAUUUUAGGUCAACCAUACAUCACGGCCUGGAGGAUGCACGUACAGAAGCUGGAAGGGCAAGACAAGAAGUGUCACAGAAUGACACCUGUCGGGAUGACAAAGCUUACGAGGCUUUUUGCAAAGACUACAGAGAUAAUGACUUCUGUACCAAGUACCCGUACGGAAUGAAUAAGCAUUGUGCUCUCACUUGUGGAUUUUGUAAAUGUAAAACCAAGAUAGACAUUGGAUUCCUAGUGGACAGUUCAGGAAGCAUCGAAAAAUACGGCAAAGGAAACUUCAAAAAGUGUUUGGAUUUUAUCAAAAAUGCUGUGAACGGUUCAUUUAUCUCAGAGACCUUUACACACGUGGGAAUGGUCUUGUUUUCUUCAAAGAUCAAAACUAUCUUCACGUUAAAGCAAUACUUUGAUGCGGAACAAAUGAUAAAGGAUAUUGAAAAAGCACCUUACCUGAAAGGCGGUACCUUGACGGCAAAAGCAUUAUCUUUCGUGAAGCGUAAACUAUUCGACGAAACAGGCCGUCCAGAGGUUCCAAAAGUUCUUAUAGUUAUGACUGAUGGAAAAUCAACUGACAAUAUAACACUACCAGCCCAAAAACUGCACGAGGCAAACAUCACCGUAUUUGCUAUUGGAAUUGGACGAAACUACGACAUGGGGCAGCUCAAAGAGAUUGCAUCUAAACCGGACACCAAGUAUGCACUCACCGCAGACUUCAAUCGGCUCAACGAGUUGUACACCAGCAUCAGAGAUGAUGCGUGCCGAGUGAAUUCAACCCUUUCCGACCAAGACAGGCCAUUUCACAGUCCAGGUCAUACUGUUGACGACACAGCAUAUUCGCCGCAUGGCAGUCACAGCACUCCUCUCAUAGUUGUUCUGAAGACCAAGUCAGAGGUAGAACAACAUUUCCAUGAGCACAUUCAUAGAUGAGGAAGCUCGCAAAUAAGGGUUCACAGAGGAGUAAUCAGUCGUGUGCUACGCUAAUCAAAUUGAUAUUAAAAUCUCCAUAAAAAUCAUGCAAGCUAAGCCGAGGAAACUAAAAUUUGAUAGUAUACUCAUCUUUCCAGCGAAAGUUAUAAAACAGACGCUUGAAAUGAAAAAAAUAAAAC